CCCAAAGAGGUCUAUAGAGUCUCAGAGGUGUUUAUUGUUUAUUAAGACACGCCCAAACUUGCAGAGUAUGAUGAUCUCCUUACUUUUUCUCGCUUUGUUUUCUCUAUUAAUCCAGAGGCACAUUGUUUCUUCUCAGAGUACCCCAUACGAGAUAAGAUUUACUAGUCCUGCAUCUGGGGGCAAUGCCAUAACUCUUCAAUGCAGUGGUACACAUGGAACUCAAGUGGAUGGAGCCAGUUUCUACAGGAACAGUCAGGGUAUCACCAACAGCAGUUGCUUGACAGCAUAUCCUACGAGUGGCUCAUCUGAGCUGAGGGUUCAGCUACAGUCCCAGGAAUGCGACGGUUUUUUUAGUUGUGGUCUUAAUGGAAUCCUCUCCGUUUCUCAAGAAUUUCAUGCUUGUCCUGUAAAGAAUGUUACAGAAACCACAACAGUAGAGAUUGAAGAGGGAUCAAGCACCCUCUUAACCUGUAACUUUUUUCCUUCGCCCAUUAAAAAUUAUACAACAGAAUGGUUCAUUGGCAUUGGCAGUAAUGCAAGGCCAAUUGAAAAUUCAACUAGUGAACACCUUCAAAGCUACCUUUUACAAAAACCUGAUCAACCUAACAAAUACUAUUGUAAAAUACAGAUACAGUCAUCUACUAAUUCGCGUUGUUCGCCAUCUGACAUUUCAUCUAUAAUUAUGGUUCAACUGAAGAAGAAAUAUGAAAUGCCAACAAUAACACAAGAUCUUAACUACACAAUGGAUAGCAAUGGCGAAGGUGCUUUUACUGUGACAUCCCGUGGUACUAAUCUAACGCACAAAUGGUAUAAGGAUGGUGGAUUGAUCAAUAGUACUGGAGAUAGCAUAUUAGAGAUAAGUGAUACUUCAUUAAGAGUAAAGGAAGUCAAUGGGUCACUGAGGAUAGCGUAUGUAGUGUCUAAUGUUGAUUAUGAUAAUACAUCACAUUCGAUGAGGCAAGCAUUUGGAGUAUAUAAUGUUUCAUGUGGUGGGAUUACAGAAGAUUCAAUGGAAACACUUGCUGUACCAAUAAUGGGAACAGUCAUUGGUAUUCUAAUCAUAAUCUGCUUAAUACUAGUACUUUGCCUUUACAUUAUUUAUAAGAAAUAUAAAAGUGCCUCAGAAAAGACAGUUCCAGUAGAGUUUACAAGGAGAGAUGGCAGCACUGUUACAGAAGGCAAUAAUGACAUGCGAUGUGAUGAGGUUGGUG